CCAAACCAUUGGGUGGGAAGUAGUGUGAAGCUACAAAAAGGAUUAGGCUAUUUGGAAACUGAGUGAGUGAGUCUGAGUCAGUGGCUUCUCUCACUCAUGGCUUCCUUCCUUUCCUUAUCUCUUCCCAAACUCACCACCAACAACAACAACAACAACAACUACAUAAUAAAGGCCACAGCAGCAGCUACCACUGUGGCUCCAGAGACCCUUAAUGAGAAAUUCAGCAGGAAAGGCAUCAAGUUCACAGAAAACGACAACAAAAUCCCUGUCGUUGAGCUGACUGUCAGAAAUGGCAGCUCUGUGAAGCUUCAAAUACCAGAGGCUCAUGUCACUUCCUACAAGCCUAAGGUCUAUUGGAAAGACGAUGGUUUUGAGGAGGUUUUGUACACUCACACCACUCCUACCAAUACCAGAGGAGGCAUUGCUUUAAUCCUCAAUGAUGUCUCUACUCCUCCUAAGGUCACCACAUCACUCCUCUCCAACUCCCACUGGACUGUCAAAAAUGUCGAUUCUGAUGCCAUCGACGCUCUUCAGGUGGAAUUGAGCAGCAGUAGUGGGAGUUUGGAGAUAACAUAUGUGGUGACACUCUAUCCACUGAGCCUAGCCACGGCAGUGAUAGUGAAAAACAAUGGUCCAAAGGCAGUGACCAUGACCAAUGCCAUACUUAGCCAUUUCAAGUUCAAAAAACGAAACAAGGCUGCCAUUCAAGGCCUACGAGCCUGUUCUUACUCCUCUCAUCCUCCUCUGUCUUCCCCUUUCGAGCUCUUAUCUCCAGCCGAGGCCAUGAAGCGAGACGCCUCUUCUGAUUGGUUUUCAGAGCCAGACGCAAAGCCCGGGGUUUGGACUCACCAAGAUGUUCCUUUCACCAUCUUGAAAAACAGGCUUAGUAGAGUCUAUGCUGCUCCUCCUGAGGAGAGGAAGAAAGUUUUUUAUAACACUCCUCCUUCCAAGUACGAAAUACUUGAUCAGGGAAAAGAGCUGUUUUAUAGGAUCAUAAGGAUGGGGUUUGAGGACAUAUACGUGUCGAGCCCUGGUUCGUUCCAUGAAAAAUAUGGGAAGGAGUAUUUUACAUGUACUGGACCUGCUUCUAUUCUGGUGCCUGUGGUUGUCAAACCUGGUGAAGAUUGGAGAGGAGCUCAAGUCAUUGAGCAUGAUAAUUUGUAAUUACAUGUCAUUCUUCUUCCUACUUAAUUAUUCUUUUUUAAAUAGUAUUACGCUUUCUUUUUGGUAUAUAAGUUUUGUUGAUAUGAAAAUAUAGAUUGAUCAUAUGAUGAGCUCACCUUUCCAACUCUUGCAACUA